GGCGGAACACCAAUUAACUACAGUUGUGAAAAAUUUCUACAAUGACGUGGCUAUCAAUAUGAACUUUGUGUGUGCUGUAAAUAAAAAUCAGAUAUCACAAAAAUAUAAUGAACUUAUAAGUCAACUUCAUCCUGAAACCAUGAAAAGGUAUUAUGGUUCAGGAUUUUUUAUACCUGAAAAAGUGGGUGGUUUAAGAGUAUUGGAUAUGGGCUGUGGAUCAGGUAGUCUCGUCUAUAUAUUGAGUAAGCUGGUGGGAAAGGAUGGUUUCGUGGAUGGUGUUGAUAUCACUCCUAAUUUGAUUCUUGAAGCCAAGAAACAUUCGAAUUAUCAUAAAGAACUGUGGGGAUACACGGAGGCUAACUUUAAGUUCAAAGUUUGUAAUAUUGAACAGUUCGAUGAUCUUGGAUUUAAAGAACAAGAAUUUGACGUCAUUGUGUCUAAUGGAGUGCUUUGUCUGUGCCCAGACCAGGAAGCUGUUUUCAAAAAUGCCUAUAGACUGCUCAAAGAUGGUGGGGAAUUUUGUUUAAGUGAUGUUUAUGCUGAUAGAGCAAGACCCGCUGAAGUCAUGGCUGAUUCAAGAUUGUUUUCUUUGGGUACAACAGGUUCCAUGGUAUUAGAAGAAUUCAACCGGCUGUGUGAAUUAAGUGGUUUCUCGAAACCCUACCUGACAGGUGCGGCACCUGUGGAAUUUAAAAACACGGAAAUACACGAAUCUGUUAAUAAAGUUCAACUUGCUUGCGCUGAAUGGAGAUUGUUCAAGAUUCCUGCAGGUGCUCGUCGCUCAGCAGCCGAAGUUACGUAUAAUGGAAACAUAUUCGGUUUUGAAGAUACGUUUAAUUGGGACGUCAAUACAGAAUUCAAGAGAGGACAACCUGUAACUGUAGAUGCUGAAUUGGCGUCCAUUUUGUCUACAACCAGAUUUAGAGAUAGUUUUAGUUUUAAAGACAUCAAUACGCCCAUAACAACACCCAGAUUUCAAAAUCCAUUUACCUAUUUGGAUGAGCUGAGAGCUCGUGGAGGAGAGGUGGAAUACGCAUAUACUAUUUAGGCUUAAAUUGGUGCUGUCUGAAUAUGUUUUAUUAUAUAAUCCUUGUAAUAUAGUAUUAUCAAAAUUACUGAACACAGAAGCUAGAUCGAUAGAAUAUAUCUCAAAAGUAAAACUUGUGUAUUAUUUUAAGGUAUAGAUAGUUUGUUAUUCUGUAAUUAAGCACACCCGAGUAGUAAAAGUUUCAAUAAUUAUAAUUAAAGAUACAUUAUGGGAGAUUCGGUAACGAGUUGGCAGUUUUCACUAUAAUCGUUAAAAACUAGAUAAUGUAAAGGCAAUUUGGUGAAAAUUUCAUUCAAAUUGAUCCACUAUGAAUCGACAACUAAGCGACUGAACUUCCCAUAAGCCUCGGUCAUCAUUACUAAAGUCAGUACGAUAAACAGCAUAGUCUCGAUUAUCCAUUUAAUCGUUUAAUCGAGAAGGAAAGUUAUGCAGUAAAUCGGCUUACAAUCCACUAAAGAUCGCAGGCUAGCGCUGCCAUCUAGAGUUGAUUAUGGCCUGGAUAGGUUAAUUAAUGUCUAAUUAAUAAUUUAGAUAACAUUUCAGCCCUAAAGAAAGACCUGAAAUUGGCAGAUUUAGCUCUUGCAUAAUGUAUGUUUAAUAAAAUGGGAUAAAUCACCAGAUAUGAUUAUAAACAUCAAAUUUAUGUAUAAACACAGUUUUAUAAUAUUGAUGACUUAAACCAGAUGUAGUCUAUAACAUCACUAAUAGAAACAAGCCAAAAUGAAGAUUACUUAACGCGAAGACUAUGAUCAUAUAAUGACGUUAUAUUCAGUAUUUGCUAACAACGUAUAUAAUUCAUGUUCUUAUUAUAUUUACUAUAUUUUACA